AUGCUACCGUACAGCCCAGGAAACCGCGGCGGCGGCGGCGGCGGCGGCGGCAACGACCCCUGCAGCAUCAUCAAAAGCGUCAGCAGCAGCAAGAGGGGAGGGUGCGGCUGCUGCCGAACGGUGAACCUGGUGAGCCGACGAACCUUUGUGUUUGUCUUCGCGGCUGGGCUUCUCGGAGCCGCGCUCGUGCUCCUCCUCUCGGCCGGCGACCGCGACAGAUCCUCUUCGCUCUCGUCGUCGUUGCCGUCGACCUCAGCGACGACUGGCUUCAAGGCAACGAUCCCGCCGGGAUCGCAGCAGCAGAGCGACCUGCAGGAGCUCCGAGGCGGCGGCGGCGGCGACACCUCCCCAUCAUCAAACACGGAAACGAGCGGAGGAAUAGCGGAAGAGGAGGAGGAGGGAGAGGGGGGCGACAAGCCCAAGAUCACGGUGAGACAGGCGGAGGGCCGAGGCGCUGGGGGGGGCAAGGUGUCCGUCUUCGUCUACGACGGCGUGCCCGAGCUGGACCACUCGUGGCUGGUGCCGUGCUACCGACAAGUUCGCGAUGGCGUCUCCCCGUGGCAGGACGAGAGAGCGGACAUGGCGCAGGACAUGGGGGAAAUAUGGCUGCACCGCGCAAUGCUCGCUCACCCGUGGAGAGUAGCCAACCCGGAGGAAGCCGACCUGUUCUACGUGCCCAUGUAUCCGGUGCUGAGCACGAAGCUGGGCAACAACAGGUGCGGGGGCAAGACGCACGACGAGCUCAUCAACACCUCUGUCGAGUACCUCGCCUUGUCCAGCGUCUACUUCCGCCGCUUCGGCGGCGCCGACCACACGCUUGUGUGCGCUUGGUGGAACUGCAAGUCGGCGCUGGGGCCGAAGCCCCGGAUGCUACUGCGCCGCACGGUCGUCGGGAUCAACGAGAAGAUGCUUGAGUGGACCAGGUGGGGGUGCGGGUUGGACAAGAUGGUCACCAUCCCCUACACGGCGAGCAGCGUCCUCACCACCAGCGAGAUGAUCGGGGGGCGCGCGGCUGAGGACCGAGAUAUACCCUUCUUUUUCGUGGGCACGGCCCGGGGUCGCCCGGAGCGCCAAAACUUGGACGUGGUGACGGGCAUGGCGGAGGGCAGUGUCAUGAUGCUCGGCGAUCAUCAAUCGGACUGGGGCAUGAACUCGACGCAGUACGCAGCACACAUUGCCCGCAGCAGGUUCUGCUUCUGCCCCAGGGGGGACACGGAAUCGAGCCGCCGCAUCUUCGACGCCGUUGCCGCGGGCUGUACGCCGAUCGUCACGGAGGCUUCGGUCGCCGUCCUGCCGUUCUCCGAGCAUGUGCUCAACUACUCGGACUUUGCCGUGGUCGUGGACCCAGACGCCUUCACCACGCGGGAGAGAGUGACGAAGGUCGUUCAAGAUGCCCUCUCGAGGUCGGAAGCGGAGGUGGAGCAGUUGCGAGAAGGCGGGAGAAGGGGCAUCAGCGCCCUCCUGUACGGAGUGACUAUGGGCAAGGAGAUAGGCGACAUGCGGCCCUUCCUCGGCACCGCUACGAAGUUCGUCCGAGCGAGCUACGCGCUCGCGGGGGGAGGAGGGACUGAGGGCGAGGGCAGAUCGGCAGACAUGUGGACCUGCAACCGGUAUGAUCCCAAGGGCGAGGAGGUCGACGCGGCUCCGCGGACGACUGCGAAGCUACCCCCCCCUGCCGGCGCAACGCGACAGUGGCUGGCCGAGACAGAGACAAUCGUGAACGAGGAGCGGUCCCUGCUUUUCUGCGCGCCCCCGAACACCGGGUCGCUGCAGUUCAGGAUGCUCGCCAAACGGAUGCAGGGCCUCCCGCACUGGGCGGUGUCCAACGACCGGUCGCUGGUGUUCGACAGAGAAGCCUCGGGGCUCGAGCUGCUGGAUGCGACGGACGGGCACCUGAUGGAGGAGAUCUACCAGGAGAACGGGUCCGGUUGGAUCAAGAUCGGCCUCGUGCGUGACCCGGUCACCCGGCUGCUUUCGGCCUACCUCGACCUUGCCGACAGGUGGCGAGAGGCGUUGUCGCCGCCGGGGGGGGCGGCGGAUGAUGCUGCUGCCGGGCAGAGUUCCAACCACGAUCGACGGCGGCUACGGCAAUCGCCGGACGAGGGGGAGCCUACGGGCGAAGAUGAUGACCGACAUCACCAGCAAGGGGGAAGCAGAGACCAUGCACCGCUCACCGGAAGCGAGUGGGACUUGUUCGACGCUAUCGUCGACAGGCGAAGGCGGCGGCGGCGACAGCGGGGACCGGGGCCCCGGCAAGAGGAGGAAAACGAGGGAAUCGCCUACGAGGGUUUGCACGACAGCGGAGGCGUUUUUGAUGGAGAGGGCGGCAGCGGAAGCCGCAACGAAGGAACCGACAACCAAGGGGGCGCUAACGCCGGCGGCGGGAGGGGCGCGGACGGGCGAUUACUACAAGGCGAGAGAAGAACCGACGCAGCAGACCAACCCGUCAAGGCUAACAACGACGACGGCCGGGAGGUGUCGCCGGAGCACCACCCGCUACGACACCGCGAAAUGGAGGAGGAAGGAGAGAGGCGUUUCUUCUGGCAGGGUCCCGGGGGUUGGGACGGCCCCGGGGCGGCAGGCGAGGACGGCGGCGACAGGUCCGCCGUUGGCGGCGGCGGUGACGGCGACGGCGAUGGUGUCGGCGUCCCUACGUUCGUGGAGGUUGUGGAGACCCUCAAGGCGGACGUCUGGGGCGGCCCCGUGGCGUUCCGGCCGGCGGUGAGCCUGUGCGGCCAGCGCAACUCUCCGUUCGACAGCGUCAUCCCGUUCGAGAGGCUGCAGAAAACCUCUACCGAGCUAGUCAAGUCUCUCCCCGGAGACAUCUGGGAGGCGUUCGGGAAGUCCGGGUGGGGGCCAGAAGGGCAACACGCCUUCAUGGAGUUCGACUACGGCCGGAACGCCCGGCGGCGGCAGGGAGGGCCGGUCGGCGAGGAAUCACAACGACCAGAAGGCAACGACAAGGACGAGCCCUUGCCGCCGCGCGCGCGCGAUCUCUUCGACGGGGAGGACCUUUGCGCGUGGGCGGAGUACUACAACGACCUGGAGACCCUAGAGACUGUUGGCAAGAUCUACGAGUUGGACUACACCUACUACCGCUGGUACCGGCUUGAUCCGUGGAGGGAGAGACUGCAGGCCUGCUUGGCUGCCAAGCGUUGAGGAGAAGCAGCGGUCGCCAGAGAGCGGGCAUGUAUUUAGUCGCUGGCUGUGUGAGGUUUCGACCCCCUUAGGGGGUGAUGGGGUCAGGCUGCCGGUGUGGCGAACACGCGUAAAUUGUUUGGUUUUGGUGACGCCGGCGGUGGCGGGGGAGGGGAGGGGGGCGGGGGGCGGGGAGUACUUGUUUUCUUGCCAAUUUUGUCUUGUUUUUUUUUUUGCUUCCACGGGUGCCGCGUGUUUGCCGGGUCUCAGGUCGACGCUGCUCAAUUGGACACAGAUUUUUCGUGCAGCAGCGGUACGGCAGAAGAGCAUGUCCGAAGCGCGUUCUUUUUCGUCCGUUCGCGAGGGAGCGAACGUGCGCCCGAACGCACGUACGUAUGCAUACGUACGCGUCCUGCUUCGGUGUGGAUUCUUGUGCACGGCAUGUAGGUAAACGGUCGACAGAGCGCAAAUCGUCGUGCUUGGUGGGUGUGCGCUACCGUGAUGGGUGUGGUCCCGGAGGCGGCUCGCGUGGGACAAUGUGCGUCUCGGUUUUGCCGGAUCGUGUGUGGACGGCAGGUGGGUGAAGGGGGUCCCGGGAAAUCGGGGAAGCUCAAGUUUGAGUGAGCACCGGACCAAUUGGAAACGUGCAUCGUGUUUUGUAGAGAUUUGCCCUUUGGGGCGUUUGUUUUGAUGGGACGUUUGUUUUGAUGGGACGGGAUUGAUUGUCGACAACGUCACUGUAAGGAGAAGUUCACACGUGCUGCAUGUAGCUGUUCAAACCAGGCAGAAAAAAAUUGUAUACACUACGAGCCCAGGGAGCUCGAUGUUAGGUCUAGGAAGUAACUCUGUCCACGUGUUGUUGGUUACUUAGCAGUGGAUUUACGAUUUGAAACUUGUUUUUUUGUUUGUUUGUUUUCUUGUCGUCCCAUGUGUCGUUGAUUUCAGUUGGCUUGCGGACCCUCCGGGUCCAUUUUAUCCGAGCACAUUCUUUGGGAUCAGUUAGCCUGUGGCCACGGGCAUUGACCGGUCAAGUGCUUGAUGAGUACGGACUGAUGAGAGGUACUGGGUGGAGAUCGGAACGGUUUUUAAGGUGAAAACAACAACUACAACCUAUUUCGUUCUGGGCGUCGGUCCUUACGUCUUUCGGUGUAUUUCUGGACGCACCGGCCGGGGUCACACAGGAGGAACGGCAGACCACACAGUUAGUUGUAUUCUCCGCCUUCUCGUGCGGUGCGUGCCUUGAUCUGUAUCGCGAGAAGAACUCAUUCAGCCUUUCCUUUCCCUCGUCGGUAGGCUUCAUAAAUAGGACUAUGAGUUUCUUUUUCCCCUCAGUCUGGUAAGACCCAUAAAUCCCAAGAUGAGAUUUGGAAACUCGAGCACUCCUGUGCCCGCGGAUGCGUCAGUACGGACGCUAAUCGCCAGCGGAUGUAGGAGGGCAGAGCUGUCUAAGUUGUUGCACAAGAGGGCCGCAGGCAGAAAUCUGCAUCGCCCGAUGUCCGUCCUCCGCUGUGUAUGGACCUAUUGUUAGUCUCGGGCGUAUGUGGACAACGCAAUCAAAUUACAGGUUGUAGCACUCGCACUUUAGAACCUCUAUUAUAGUGUUGCCCAAGGCUGGGGUUCUUAGUUCCUAUCAUUGGGUCAUGCUACGAAAGGUCGCUAUAUUGGUUUUAGUGGUACUUAGGAACCUCUAUUAUAGUGUUGCCCGAGCCUUGUACUCGAAGUUCCUAUAUAGUUGUGCUACGAAUGGUCGCUAUAUGUUGGUUUUUAGUGUAGGGUUUCCUAACCGAGCUCGCAAGUGGUGCACUAGUGUCUAUGUUUGAUACGAUGUUGAGCAUGAAGUUCUUACACUAGCUGCCAAGUCUUCCAAGUGCGGGCGUUGUCUGUGUUCCAAUGUUCGCAAGCCCAUCUUUGUCUUGGGAGCGAUUAUUAUGCUGAAUUCCAGAGCCUCGGCGAAGAUCGAGCGUUCGUUGCGUCUUCGAGGCCCCGCGGGCGUUUGAGGCGGGGGCGUGUGAAUAUUGUUCAGGGUUUGAUUGAACACCGAUCGUUUAAAGUCUUUUAGUAUCAGACAGACCUCUCUCGUGCUGCCGUGAUCCUUCCCGGCGGUAGCAACGAACCCCGACCACAGAUUGGCUGGGUCAGCAGCACGAGAAACCUGAAUAAUUUUCUGCA